CCGCCAAGGGCGGAGACCGGCGAGAGAGGUCUUCCUGUCACCCUGCCUUGACUUACCCGCUGCAGCUGGAGCCCGCUGCACCGCAGCUCGGAGCGGUGUCAUUUCGCAGCCACACAGGCAGCGGGGUCGGUUCUGCCCAUCUCGCACGGUGCCAGGAACCACCCCGGGCUGCGCGGGGAGCCCCGGCGGAGCCGCGUGUCGCCACCUCCAGGCAGCCACGGCCGGGGCCUCGCGCCUCGCCGGCAGCACGUGCGCCCCCGCUAAUGGUUCCGUCCGGGCGCCUCGGUGGUACAUCCCACACCGCCUAAUGGUCUCGCCCGCCCCGCGCGGGUGGUACAUCCCACGCCUGGUAAUGGUUCCCCCCGGUUCCCUUCCCUCCUCCCCCACGCGCGGGUGGUACGUCCCACGCCGCCUGCGCUCCAUCAGCUCCUCUCCCCGGCGGAAGUGACGCCCCGGCGCUUCCGGUGCGCAGGCAGUAGCGGCCCGGCGGGAGGAGCUCGGGGAAGCGGCCCCUCUGCCGGUGGCGCCUGCCCGCCCUCCCGGCGCCCUGCGCCCACCGGGAGACAGAAGUCAGAUGAAUUCAAAAGAGCGCUAAGGUGUGGUGGAGAACAAAGAAGCUGCAGUCGCUUUCCUGUUCAUUAGUUGGACAGGGCAUUAAGAUGUCCGUGGACAUGAACAGCCAGGGCUCUGACAGCAAUGAAGAGGAUUAUGACCCAAACUGUGAGGAGGAGGAAGAGGAUGAGGAUCCUGGGGAUAUUGAGGAUUAUUAUGUUGGGGUCGCUAGUGAUGUGGAGCAGCAGGGAGCGGAUGCCUUUGACCCAGAGGAAUAUCAGUUCACCUGCCUGACUUACAGGGAGUCGGAGGGCACUCUGAACGAGCGCAUGGCUAGCUUGGCCUCCACGUUAAAGGUGUCUCAUGCAGUUGCAAAGCUUGUGCUAGUCAACUUCCACUGGCAGAUCUCGGAGAUCUUGGAAAGGCACAAGUCCAAUUCGGCCCAGUUGCUAGUGGAGGCACGAGUUCAGCCCACCUCAUCCAAACACGCAAUGGUACAUUCCUCCCAUCACUGUGCAGUGUGCAUGCAGUUUGUGCGCAAGGAGAACUUGCUCUCUCUGGCCUGUCAGCAUCAGUUCUGCCGCAGCUGCUGGGAGCAGCACUGUACAGUGCUUGUCAAGGACGGCGUUGGAGUUGGGGUCUCCUGCAUGGCCCAGGACUGCCCGCUCCGAACACCAGAGGACUUCGUGUUCCCAUUGCUGCCUAGUGAGGAGCUUAAAGACAAGUACAGGCGCUACCUCUUCAGGGACUAUGUGGAGAGCCAUUACCAGCUGCAGCUGUGUCCUGGUGCUGACUGCCCCAUGGUCAUCCAGGUGCAGGAGCCCAAAGCCCGGCGAGUGCAGUGCAACCGAUGCAAUGAGGUCUUCUGCUUCAAGUGUCGGCAGAUGUACCAUGCCCCUACAGACUGCGCCACUAUCCGGAAAUGGCUCACCAAGUGUGCGGACGACUCUGAAACUGCCAACUAUAUCAGUGCUCACACUAAAGAUUGUCCCAAGUGCAAUAUCUGUAUUGAAAAGAAUGGAGGCUGCAAUCACAUGCAAUGCUCCAAGUGCAAGCACGACUUCUGCUGGAUGUGUCUAGGAGACUGGAAGACGCAUGGCAGCGAGUACUACGAAUGCAGUCGGUACAAAGAGAAUCCUGAUAUUGUAAACCAGAGUCAGCAAGCACAGGCCAGGGAGGCCCUUAAGAAGUACUUGUUCUAUUUUGAGAGGUGGGAGAACCACAAUAAAAGCCUGCAGCUAGAGGCACAGACAUACCAGCGCAUCCAGGAGAAGAUCCAGGAGAGGGUGAUGAACAACCUGGGAACAUGGAUAGACUGGCAGUACCUGCAGAACGCUGCCAAGCUGCUUGCAAAGUGUCGCUACACCCUGCAGUACACUUAUCCAUAUGCUUACUACAUGGAGUCUGGCCCCAGGAAGAAGCUGUUUGAGUACCAGCAGGCCCAGCUGGAGGCAGAAAUUGAAAACCUCUCGUGGAAGGUGGAGCGAGCAGACAGCUAUGACCGAGGUGACUUGGAGAAUCAGAUGCACAUAGCAGAGCAGAGGAGGAGGACCCUGCUGAAAGACUUCCACGACACGUAAGGUGGGAGCAGAUGGCAGAGUGCAGGGGUGAGAGCGGCAAGCAACAUGACGGUGGCUUCCUCGUGAGACACGGGCACCGCCUCUGGGAAAACAGCCAAGGACAGACCCACCCCCACCCCUUGCAAAACAGACACACGCAAACACCACCUCUUAGUUGGUUCCUGUUCUUAUCUCUGCGUUUUGUUUCUGCCAGGCUAGAGGGCAGAGGUCAGAAUGGCAUAGUUCACAGGACACUUUCCUCCCGCCCUGGAUGGUUUCGGAGGGAGGGAGUUUUUUCUGAAUGGCUGUUAAUAGUAUUAGAUCAUUACAACUUAUGUAAUUUUCAACGGUUGUACAAUUAUACAAACAAAGCUUAGAAUAACACACAACCCUUUUUAAAAAUAAAUUGGCAGUGGAGUGUUUUUCCUCAAUAAUCUGCUUGUAAAUUCCACGGGCUUUUUCUCCCUCCCUCUGCCUCCAAAUCCUCUUAGGCACUGAGAGUUGUGAAGCCACCCAGCUGCGUUCCCCUUUCCUCCUGUAACACGUGCUUCAUAGCAUUGGCCAAUGACUGCAUGAGGAGAGUGGCUGGUUCUCAGGGGGGCGGCUGGAGGUCUGAGCCUGAGCGCCUCUGGCUGCAGAUUAAUGCAGUGGUGUGUGGUAUCUCUUCUGUGGAACGCCCCAGCAAGAGUUUGUGCUGCGCAAAUGGAGGCAUGAUGGAGACGGCGUGCCCAGGUACAAGUGGGAGCCUUGCCGUCAGAGAGUUUGUCUUCUGCAUGGAUUUUUGCCUUACUUGUUUUACUGGAGUGCGGGUGUUCUUUGCUGCAAAGACUACAGCAGUGAGGGACUGUUAAAUUGCAGCUGUCCUGACGGUGUUGGACAGAGCCUGGUGGUGUGCAGCAGCUUGGAAUAAGCUGUGUUGUGUCAGUGUCUGCAGGUUGGCAAAGAUCAGAUCAGUCCCACCUGCUGUGUUACCUGGAUAAACAAGGCUGAUCCUGUUCCUUGAGACAAGGGAGAAGAGCCCUGACACAUGUGGGUCAUGUAGCCAGGCCUUUGGGAAUGAGUGCACGGUGCUGUUGGAGCCUGUGCUGAGCCAUCCUGGAAAGUAACUGGCAGACUUCACUUUAUUUCUGUCUCCAUGUGAAUGAUGCUGAGUGGAUCCUGUGAAUCCUAUCAUGUUUGCAGGGGCUUGGAGCUCUUCUACAACCUUUAUUUUUUAAUGUGAAACCUAAAUAAAUUGAGCAGAUGUGUGAAUGCCUUGUUCAUCUUGGGAGGGAACUAACCUCAAAGCAGUUACUGUAAUGUCAGCACAUGAGCAGGCAGUUACAUACCAGGUCACAGGUUAAUAACAGGGGUAGUAGACUCUGCAAGUCUCUCUGGUGCUCUCUAUCUGCUCCAGGCUGGCAGAAAUGGAGUAGAUGGAGUCCCCCGCUCUAGGCAGAAAGGAGUGGAAUUCCCUUCCCUGCCGCUCCUGUGAGCAUUGCCCUGACACAGUCCAGUGCUAGGAUAUCUCAAUGUCACCCUUGAUGGAUUGGAGGGUUGUUAGUUUCUGCAUAACUGAGGAAACUAGAACUGUGCUUUGGGAGCUACAUUUUUCUGUCUGAAAUGUGGCUACCUUGUGGCUCUGGUAGCCAGCACGGUGUUGUAGAUUUAACAGUGUAAAGGUGGCAAAA